GCAAGAGGGGCGACAGCAACCAUCCCUCGCCAUUUUCCGUCAACCUCAAUCAAGUUAGCUUCUGUCAGUCGCUGUGUGUUUGUGACUUGUGUUGUGAUAUGAAAAAUUAUUAGUACCUAUCGAUGAAUCUCAAUGGGAAAUCGUGUUGAUUACGACGCCAGACGAUGGCUCGUUUAUUGUGUUUGUGGCUCUAAUGCAACGUUCGGUCAGUGAUGAUGGCCAAGUGAUUGGUAAAGUGAAGUGAUUUGUGUCGUAUGCUGGGUUACCACAGCAUUGAGCUCCUUUCUUUGGAUAAAUCGUCCUUACGACGACGUCGGGCAAAGGGACUGGAAGGUGACGCACCAUGUCGGCAAAAAACAUUCCAGGAGACAAGAUAAACCUGCGGUUAAUUUUGGUGUCCGGCAAAACGAAGGAGUUCGUGUUCAGUCCGGUAGACUCAGCCGGCGACAUAGCAGUUCACGUUUACGAUAACUGGCCAGAAGCGGACUGGGCGACGGAGUGCGUGUCGCGCGCGGAGAUCCUGCGACUCAUCUACCAGGGCCGCUUCCUGCACAGCUCGGUGACGCUGGGCGCGCUCGGCCUGCCGCUCGGCCGCACCACCGUCAUGCACCUCGUGCCGCGCGAGCAUCUGCCCGAACCCAACUCACACGAUCAACGACAAAAAAGUAAAGGCGGCUCGAGCAGUUGUUGUUCGGCGUCCUGUUGCAUAUUGUAAUGCGUGGUGCGAGCGAGAGGGCACUACACCGAGCGAGACGGGUGAUACGCGACGCGGACUAUGUGUUCACACUCAGUGAUGUAGAGUCAGGAUUCCAUUCGCCCUAAUUACCUUAGUGUUACAGUACCUUUACGGCUAGUGUUGCCAGGUUUUAACCUCGAAAAUGUAAUCAGGGAAUUUGAAAAUGUAGAUAGGACUUACUUAACACUGUAAAAUAAAACGGGUGCGACAUUUUGCUAUAACGUGAAACAAGCAAAUAAACAUGUCAUUAAAGUUGGUGUAUAUCUGCCAGGUUGUAUAAAAGUCGUACGUCGGGAUUUGACAACUUUAUACAAAUUGGGAAGAUUAACGCUAAGGUUUGACUAUCAUUAACUCUAAUGCUGCGCUCACUUUACGUACGUUUUCGUAUUAAAAUCCGAUCGUGCGAACACGUACGAAAAGACACGAACGACACCUACCGAAUAUUCAAGUACUAUGAAGCACUCACACUGGACGCCAGUUAAUCUUACGUACGACUAACUUGCAUCCAGUGUGCGCACUUCCAUAGUAGUUCAGUACAUAGAUCGUUCGUGCCUGUUCAUACGUGUUCGCACGACCGAAUGUCGUAUGAAAACGUAUGCAAAUUGAGUACAGCCUCACUGUCCUGUUUAUUAACUUGAAAAGCUAUACUUUAGGUUAGCCGCAUUUCGGAUGCGUUUUUGUACAAAUUUGACUCGUGUGAAAACGUACGAACAAUCCUGACCAUCCAAGUACUAUGGAAGCGCGCAGACUGGAUUAGUCGUAAUUACACUCAAAUCUGUGCCCUCCCACAGUACUUGGAAGAUCGGGAUUAUUCGUACGUUUUCGCACGAGUAAAAUUCGUACGUUUAAGUGCGGAAACCAGACCAGAAAGAAAAAGAAAAGAAGAAAGAAAGUUAAAAUUAGUACGGAAACACAUCCAAAGUGCGGCUAGUCAGGCUUUGACUCGUACGAAUAUUAAUAUAAUCAAAAGAUGCAAAUAGGGACGUCCCCAAACGGUUACAACUGGCAACACUGUAUACAACUUGUGAUAUUUUUAAAAGACUCGCUUCUAUUCUAUAAGACAACACCCCUUCACUAUUUCUUUUUUAUAAUUUCUUUCCUUACUAAGCGCUAGCACCUUACUUUCGGCCAUUUUCCAGUUUGCACAAAUUGUAUAAAAAAAUUAAAUUAAACGCACAUUUCGAAGGAGUUUUUAAAAAUAUCGCAAGUGCAAUUAUUCGUUUAGGAGUUUUUCGUCAUCACAGUGAAAAUUAAUUCAGAAAAAUAGCUUUACUAUACCUUGUUCGGGGAAACAAGUUACUUGUAAUAUAGCGUUAUUUCAUUCAAUUGUUUGAAAAUAAAAAGGACAGGAGACCGUUCAAAACUAUCGGUGGGCAUCACAAUUCACAAACUUAAGCUACUGACUGACAGACGAUCUCAAUUUUUAUUUUCCUGUGUAAGUAAACGCAAUGUUACUUUUUUAUUAGCCAAUAGCGUUUGAGCUUUAUUUUUUUCUGGUUAUAACUUGUUUCCCCGGCAGAAUAUAAAGCUUAAAGCGUAUUGCGGGAGAGGCGAAGCGACGUGGCACGUCUUUUUUAAAAUGCUACAAAGUAAACCGAAAACCUAUACAAUAUACAUCUCUCUUCUAUUUGUAUAAAACAGUACUGUGACAUUUGAAAUUUUGGGAGAAAUACUUCUUGAGUGCCUACUCAAAGUGCACUCUGCAAGUUUUUUCUAAGUGCUCCCUACACCUAGAAUUUUUUUUUAAAUGUGGGGUGCACUUUUUUUGGAGAGAAAUUUCAAUCGGAUCGUCACAAACUUACAUCUACGUGAACAAAGUUGCGGGAAACAACUAGUAAUAUAUUAAAUUGUAUAAAAAAAAACAUACUGUAUUCACUAUUGUUUUGUUGAAUUUACCUAUUGCUAAGCAACAUGAUGUACAUUAAUUAAUGGAAUAAAGUUUACUUUGACCUAUUGUAAAAAAUACGCGUCAUGUCAGUUCGGGACUGCCGCAAUGUGCCUUGAGCCUAAGUGAAUGUAUAACUCACCGCGUAAUUUAUAGCUCAUUAUAGAAUUAUCGUGCUGCCGAAUAUAAUAUGUUUAAAUUUAGUAGGAUAUCUAUAUAUGCAUGUAAUGAAAGAAUAAGAAAGGAUGUCUGUACAUUGGAAAGAAAGAGAAAAUGGAAAACGAUGAUAAAUAUAAAACACGUAUUAGUAGCCAUAUAGUAGUACAGUUAGUACUACCACUUUUAUAAGUCGCAUCGUUAAUGUUCGUUUGCGCAGAAAAGCGGAGCCUAACGCGGACUAAAACCGAAUGUACGCCAAUGAAAUACAGACCUUAUUGCUAGACGUUAAGAUUUAAAACACAAGAACAAAGACUCUAAAUUCUCGCUCUAAAUUCGCGCGUACAAAACAUGGCGUUUAGGCAACGAUUAAUAGCGAACCGACGCGCGCUAUGAUUGGCUGAAAUAAUUCGCGACAUUCAUAAAUAAAAUAUAUUAUAGUAUAUAACAUAAUAUCUCUAUUAAUUUUAUUUUUCAUGAUUACUUAUAUCUUUGUUGUGAGAUCUCUUAGAGAGGUAAGUUCUUCCCUGUCCACUUUUCUUCUUUUUUCUCCUUAUUGCUACAACUUUCUGGUAAAAACAAAAAAAUCAUAAAUAGAUAAAGAUUUCUGCGCAGGUAUAUCGGCGUAACUUACAAAAGUGGUAGUAUUGUAUGUAUAUAUGGAUGGGAGGUUGAUGUAUUUCAAUAAAAGCAGAAAAAGCAUUUUUAAUCAUAUAACAACUUGUAAUUUUAAAUCAAUUCAAUAAUUUGACUUAUGGAUUUUCAUGGAUUUUAAUGCAAUUUUAAUUUUAGUUUCUUGUUUACGAAAAAAAUCUUAAAUUCUUAAUACUUAUGAUGGAUGGUAAAAUGAAAUCGUAUGGGGACAUACGAUUUCAUUUAUAUUGUUAGCGAACUUAUUGGGCGAGUGCGUCGCCUAUGGGGCUUAUGUACACUGAAAGAUAGCCAUGAGCUUGUCAUUUGACACUAAUUUUUAAUCCAUUGAAGGUUUUCUACGAAAAAAAUAUAUUAAUAUCACUCAGUGAAGCAGCAAUGUAAAACCAACCUAUGUCAAAUGAGUUUGACGGCUAUCAUUUACACACAACCCUAAGCCUAAGGCACGAGCCGUCACCGACCUCAGUGAAACGAUAUAAGUAUCGCUUUACAAUUAAAAUUCUGUAUUGAUUUGCCUUAUAUGAAGUGGUUGAAAUCGUUGGCAUCAGCUAGUAUGGACUAUGGAUUAAGGAUAUACAUCAUUUACGUAUGUGUAUCAUUGUACCUAUAGAUAAAAAAGAUGGCGUGAUUCUGACAGAUCGUAUCGGCUUGCGCCUGCGUACACGCAGUCGACAGAGUAAAUUAUAUUAUUGAUUAAUUAAUAUUAUUAGUAUUAUUUAGGCCAUCUACAUGAAUUUAUCUAUUAUGACGUUGAUACGGAGAUAUUUAUAAAAGAUUUAAAAAUGACAAAUUAUGUAGCGAAACUGUGUCGCGGUUUAGCUAUCAUACAGAGGGGCAACGCAGGCAAUAAUGCUACCUUAACGUGGGUGUUUGAAAAUUUCAAAGACCAUGACUUGUGCGUUUAAAAAAUUAACCGUAACCGAGUUUUAUGUAGUAGUUUAUCCAAGUGAGCCCUGCUGGGUGCAAGUGCAUUGUCCUCACUGUAUGAUUGCUAAACUGUGACUGCAUGAAGUGUGUAAAUUUCUCUCGUUUGCAUUGUAAAUAGUGUAUUUGAUAUCUAUCUGAGGGACUAUAACGGGCUAUCAACUUUCCUUUGUGAUAAGUUCUCGCAAUACUUGGAUUGUUUUUAUUUGUAAAGAGAAUUAAAUAAUCGCUAUUUUACCGCGCUAGAUGUAGCUUGUACUGUAUGAAGUUAUAGCGGCUGACUGGCAGCAUGUUUAUUUUUCUAAUGCUGUUGUAGCCGAAAAGACGACGGCCAAAAAUCUUACUUAUUCAAGCAAAAUCAUAAAUUCAAAAAAAAAAAAAAAAUUUUUAAUCAUUAUUUUUGCAGGUUUUUGUCCUUUUUCAUAAUGUCAGGACCCAUCGUAUUAAAAAAAAAAACACAAACAAAAAGUUACAUUAGUAACAUUAGUAUUUUUGAAGUUUCAUUUCAUCUUUUUGGCUACAACAGAGAAUCAAAAAGCGACUGCUUAUUGGAAGAUGUCUUUAUAAAUUCUUAGCGAUACAAAAAAUUAUAAAAUACAGUUCAAUGGAUAUUUUGAAUACGUUCAAAACGGCCGCUUCCGACUUAAAUAUGUGUGCUAGACUCGGUCUUAUAAUAUUUUGUAACAUUUUUUCUAUAGUUUUAUUGUAUCUCAACGCCUCCUAGCCAUUGAUCUUAAAUGCAAACUAGAUUCACAAUCUUAAAAAGUGACCACAAAAAUUACGUUCCAUUCCACAAGUACGUGCAUAACUGGCAAAUAGGGAAAUUUACCUAACUGUACGAUUACUGUACUAUGACACUG